GGGAGGUGGGGAAGGGGCUGUGUGGCGGGGUUUAAGUGUGGGUGUCUGUGGGUCACUUUUAAGGACCUCAGAACGGGACCAACACGGAAGCGUCAGUGUCAGGCCCGGACGGCUCCGUCUGAGCCAGGAGCCUUGGCGAGGCUUUGCCCUCCGCCAGAGGAGAGAAUGUCCCUCCCGGCGCCCCCUACCCGCCCCCUCCCCGGGCCGGAAUCUAGAGCCAGAAGGCAUCUGGGGGCGGGGGAGGCAUUCAAAAGGUGGGGGGAGGGGCCGAUAAAUCUAAGUCCGGUGUCUGGGGCAUGCCGGUACCCACGUGCCAUGGAAGGGGCCUCGAUCUUGGGCACCGAAGACAUGCCAACACCCACGUGAUGCCGGUCUCCCCUUCCAGUGUACCUCUUCCCAUUCCCCAGUAACCCCUCCCCCAAGGAGUCUCCCUCAAUUCAGCCAGUGUAGUUUCUGAAUGGAAUGAAGCCAAAGAUGGCAGCAGGGAGUGGGGGGGCUUCUUUCUGGCCAGUCCAAGGCCCUUCCUAGCCUGAAGUUCCCUGUUCUCCCCGAUGGGGAAGAGUCUCCCUUGAGGCCUGGGAACCCCUCUGAGCCCUCCCCCUCUCUCCUCCAGGCUGACAGAGAGGAAGCCUCCCCCCUCCUCCCAGGGCUGCCACCCCCUGAAGCACCCCAGGGUGGCCCCGCAGAGAGCCCGCAGCCAGAGGAAUGGCCCCCGGGACCCCAAGGUCCCUCUCCCAGGGGUUAAUGAACUUUAAGGAUGUGGCUGUGGAUUUCUCCCAGGAGGAGUGGUGCCUGUUGGACCAUUCUCAGAAAGAGCUGUACCUGGAGGUCAUGUUGGAGAAUGUGCAGAACCUACUCUCCGUGGGGCUUCUAGUUCCUAGAGAAGAUAUUGUCUCCUGUUUUCAGCAAGGGGAAGCACCAUGGCUGUUAGAGCAAAGAGGCCCAAGGAGCUCCUGUCCAGAGGCAGAAACUAAUUUUGAAGUGAAGAAGAUAUCUUCCAAGCUAAGCCAUUUUGUGGAAGGAUCUGGCCUCCAAAGGUACAUGAAUCAGGGUCUCUCUGACUUCAUUUUGAAAGAUAUUUGUGACUCUACUAUCAAAGAUAAUAAAAAUCCAAAGAGUUACUAUGAAUUUGAUAAAACUGCAGAGAAAUUCAGUCAAUAUUCAGUCCUAAAUCAGUCUACCAAAUUGACUUCAGGAAAUGACUGUUGUCAGGUUAGUAAAUAUAGCAAAGGCUUUCUUGAAGAAAUAGGACUUGUUCAGUCACCAGAGAAUACUCCUGAAAUUCUCAUGUAUCUAGGUAAACUUGGUGGAAUGGCCUUUGACUCAUGUUCAGACCUCAUUAGAAAUUCAAAAAGUAAACAUGUAGAGAUGGUUUUUGUGAAUAAUAAAGAUGGGAGACCUUUUAGUCAGAAGUAUGAGCUUGGUUCACAUCAAAUAAUACUCUGUGGAGAGAGACCUUAUGAAUGUAAACAUUGCGGAAAGAUUUUCACCCGGAGUGGCCAUCUUGCUGCACAUGAGAGAAUCCACACUGGAGAGAGACCUUAUGAAUGUAAACAAUGUGGAAAGGCUUUCACUCAGAGGCACCAUCUUGCUAGACAUCAAAGAAUCCACAGUGUUAAGAAAGCUCAUGAAUGUAAACAUUGUGGAAAGAUUUUCACUCGGAGAUGCCAUCUUUCAGCACAUGAGAGAAUCCACAGUGGAGAGAAACGUUUUGAAUGUAAACACUGUGGAAAGGCUUUUACUUGGAGUGGCCAUCUUGCUAUACAUCAGAGAACGCACAGUGCUGAGAAAGCUCAUAAAUGUAAACAUUGCGGAAAGAUUUUCACCCGGAGUGGCCAUCUUGCUGCACAUGAGAGAAUCCACACUGGAGAGAAACCUUUUGAAUGUAAACAAUGUGGAAAGACUUUUAUACGGAGGGGCUCUUUUGCUAUGCAUCAGAGAAUCCACAGUGCAGAGAAACGUUAUGAAUGUAAAGACUGUGGAAAGGCUUUUACACAGAGUGGCAGUCUUGUUGCACAUCAGAGAAAACACACUGGAGAGAAACCUCAUGAAUGUAAACACUGUGGAAAGGUUUUCACUUGGAGUGGCCAUCUUACUGCACAUCAGAGAAUCCACAGUGGGGAGAAAGGUCAUGAAUGUAAACAUUGUGGAAAGAUUUUCACAAAGAGGGGAAAUCUUGCUGUACAUGAGAGAUUCCACACAGGAGAGAAACCUUUUGAAUGUAAACAGUGUGGAAAGACUUUUAUACAGAGGGCCUCUCUUGGUGCACAUCAGAGAAUCCACACUGGAGAGAAACCUUAUGAAUGUAAACACUGUGGGAAGGCUUUCACAUGGAAGAAAGAUAUUGUUGCACAUCAGAGAAUCCACAGUAGAGAGAAACCUUAUGAAUGCAAACUCUGUGGAAAGGCUUUCACACAGAGGGACCAUUUUGCUGCACAUCAGGGAGUCCACACUGGAGAGAAACCUUAUGAGUGUAAACACUGUGGAAAGGCUUUUACAUUAGGGAGCAUUCUUGCUGCACAUCAGAGAAUCCACACUGCAGAGAAACCUCAUAAAUGUAAACACUGUGGUAAGGGUUUUCUGUGGCAGAGUGAUCUUGUUGUACAUCAGAGAAUCCACACUGGAGAGAAACCUUUUGGAUGUAAACACUGUGGAAAGGCUUUCACAAGUAGAUCUGCUCUUUCUCGCCAUCAGAGAAAACACCCAGGAGAGAAAUGUUAUGAAUGUAAACACUGUGGAAAAGCAUUUACAUUUAGGAGCAUUCUUGCUGCACAUCAGAGAAUCCACACUGAAGAGAAACGUUUUGAAUGUAAACAAUGUGGAAAGGCUUUCACAAGUAGAUCUUCUCUUUAUCGCCAUCAGAGAAAACACACUGAAGAGAAACCUUUUGAAUGUAAACAAUGUGGAAAGACUUUCACACAGAGGAGCUCUCUUGCUAGACACCAGAGAAUCCACACUGGAGAGAAACCUUAUGAAUGUAAACAAUGUGGAAAGGCUUUCACUUUCAGUCACAUUCUUGCUAGACACCAGAUAAUCCAUACUGGAGAGAAACCUUUUGAAUGUAAACAGUGUGGAAAGGCUUUCACACGCAGGGGCUCUCUUGCUGUACAUCAGAGGAACCACACAAGAUAAAUUUCAUGCAUGUAAAUAGUGUGGAAAGGCUUUCACAGAGAGGAUUUGUCUGGCUAAAUAUCAAAGUAUCCACAUUGUAGAGAAACUUUAUGGAUGCAAUCAGUUCUAAUUCCCUUUCCCAAUAAACUUCACAGUUGCUUCAUAUCAUAAAAUCUUCAUGGAGGAAAACCUAGUGAAUGAGGAGUCUGAGCUUAUAUAUAUAUAUAAAAGCAGCUUUGCUGCUUUUAAAUUCUCUUAAGAGCAUCCAUACUAGAGAGAAACUUUGAGAAUAUGAUCAACGUAGUAAGGCAUUCAGUCAUCACUCAUCUCUUAUUAUUUCCAACAUAGAAUUCCUUUUGAAUGCAAAUCUUAUUACUGUCUUGAAUGAAGAAAGACAUUGAAAUGAAUAGUCCAGAGCUUGUUCGGUAUGAGAAAUAUCUUCUGAACGGACUAGUUCCAGAUGGAUUCCCUGUAAGCAAGCUUUCAGCCAGAGAUCAUCUCUUGCUUCAUUUUAGUGCAACCAUGUAGCCUUUCCUAGUUUAUAAUUUGAAGGCGAAGUUAAGAUUUAUAAAGAAAAUUGUGGUAGUUUUUAUUUAGAUAGCAUAAAUUUGGGUUAGUCAGAUCAGGAAUUUGUUCAUUGGAAAAUGACAUAUUCUCAUAAACUUAAGUCAGUUCAUAAUAUAUUUGUGAAAUGAGGCCUUUGCCGGACACACUUGCUAUGAAAGUUUUUAAAAAAAAAUUUUUUUAGUCAAUUUAGAACAUGAUUCCUUCAUUAAUAAAUCUCUUAAAAUAUAAUAUUUUUAUUAUUGAGAUUUAAUUUUAACUUUUACACCACUCACUUCCUGUUGUUACAUGCUGACAUAGGAUAUAAAUUGCGUGGAAUUUUGUGUUUAAUGCUCUUUUCCUUCCUGUUGGCAGCUUUGCUGGAGUGGGAUUUUUGAGCAGGUAGAAAACUUGGUCACAUGGUUGUAUUUUGGCAGAUAAUAAACUUUAAAAAUAUAAUUCUUCAAGUAUUCAACAUUAAUUUUAACUCUUACAACAGCAAACCACAAGGUGAGCUUUCCAUGCCUCUCCUGCCCUGUGACACAAUGCUGAGAAUUCAGGAUCGAAAGUGCACAGAGAAUGAAUCUUACUUUCAUUACUGACAUAGAGUCAUGAUUACUUCUUGAUUCUUACUGAUUAUUAUCUCUUAUACACAGCUUUUCAAUCUGCUAAUACCUGGGGCUAUCUCAUAAAUUACAGUUAUAUUUUAAUAUUCUAAUAAACUCUUUAUAAUCUAAUGAAUUAAAUUUCUCCUUAUAUACCCCCCUUUGAUCCAAAGUUGGACAUGUGCAACAAUGGGCCAACACUAAACACUGAGAGCACAUUAUGGAUGAUGGGUGGUCCAGAAGUGGCACUCUCCUCCUGAGAUGCACAGAUGACAAUGGAAGGGGAAGAAGAGGGGAAGGGGCAAACGCAUAGCAUUCAAUUAUAAAAAAUAUAUAGGUAAGGCCAAGAUUUAUAAGAUCUUCAAGGGGAAGAGCUGUUCCCCCCUUUUAACAAUGCAAAA